CUAAUUUUUUUCUUUGUCAAUGCAAGCUCUGGACAGCCCACUUGCGCCACUCCACUCGGAAUAAAUGAGGAAAAUUACAGCGGAUGGAGGAGUCUGUCUCUCGUGAUUAAAGAGGCAGAAGGCCAAUUAGCCGAAGUUUGCCUUGUCUAAAGCCCUUUCAAAGCAGAGAUGGAAUUAGCUGCCAGGGCUGUCCGCAAAUUAAGCCAUUGCAGACCGAGGAGCAGACUGUACAUAGUUACAACACAGCCACAUCCUAUUACAGGCUUCUCCGCUUCCAGACCUGCGACCCUCCGCACCAUGGAAGACAGUUUGCCCCCGGCCAGCGAUACUCCAAACACACGAGUGGAAUGUGUAAAACCGUCGACGGCGGUCAGUGAGUCGUCUUCAAUUCACAGCGACCGUUUCCUUUCUGUCCCACGGGAGUUUUCCGAGCUGGAUCUCCACACGGUCAAUGGUGCUUUCAACCCUUCUGACUACUUUGAGGACCAGAAUGAAGCUAUUGUCAACAACUUCCUCGAAGCGGCGCAGCCGGACACAAGGAAUGGUUUGUACUUUAGUGACGGAAAAAGAAAAGUGGACUACGUCUUAGCCUACCACUACCGAAAGCGCAGCCCCCCGCUGAGCACACCGGGCGCCCUGGGGCUGGCGGUGAUCUCCAACGGUAGCUAUGGGAACCCAGACGAGAAGAAAGACACCCAGGCGGUGCACAGCUCCCAGGACGUGGUGGUGGACGUGACGCCCCAGGACGCUGUGGAGGAGGAGAAAAUGCGGAGCAGGGAAGAGUUUGAGAAGAACCUCAUGGAAGCGGGGCUGGAAAUGGAAAAGGAUAAGGAGAAUAAAAUCCAAGGCAUAGGUUUUGUCCGACUCCACGCGCCCUGGUUGGUUCUGAGCCGCGAAGCAGAAUUCCUUAAGAUCAAGGUGCCCACCAAGAAGGUUUAUGAAGUGAAGGAAGAAGGUGGGGUUAUGGCGACAUUGAACUCCGCCUGGGACACGAUCACCAAGCCUUUACAGCCCAAAGUGCCACAUCUUCAGAGCAACACAAAGACCAAGUACAUCUCGCAUUCAUUCUCACGGGAGAAGCUGCAUCUGUACAACAUCAGCGAGAAGGAGACAUUCUUCGACAAUGCAACACGAAGUCGAAUAGUGUAUGAAAUACUGAAGCGCACCUCCUGCAUCAGGACAUGUCAGAGUACGGGUAUUACCACUUUGAUAGCAAACGGUGUCUAUGACUCUGCUUUCCCCCUGCAUGACGGCACGUUUGAGAACACGGAAGAAAAGAACGAGAGACAGAUUUUACAUCAGGAAUGGGCCAGAUAUGGAGCUUUUUACAAGUACCAGCCAGUUGAUCUUAUAAGGAAGUAUUUUGGGGAGAAGAUUGGCCUGUAUUUCGCAUGGCUGGGGGUCUAUACUCAGCUCCUCAUUCCUGCCUCUCUAGUGGGAAUCAUAGUGUUCUUCUAUGGCUGUGCCACUGUGGACACGGACAUACCCAGCCUGGAGAUGUGCAACGAGGACAAAAACUUCACCAUGUGUCCACUGUGUGACGGGCCGUGUGACUACUGGCACCUCAGCACGGCCUGCUCCACCGCCAGGGCCAGCCACCUCUUCGACAACCCUGCCACCGUCUUUUUCUCCGUCUUCAUGUCCCUCUGGGCCGCCAUGUUUCUGGAGCACUGGAAGCGCAGGCAGAUGAGGUUGAGCUACCGCUGGGAUUUGACUGGCUUGGAAGAGGAAGAGGACCGGGUGAAGGAACAUCCACGACCAAAAUACGAAACCAAGCUGCUUCAGAAAAGGCAGAAGAAGAGGAGGAGUAAAAGGAAGAACAAAAGUGAGCCUAGCAAAGAGGAGGAGAAUGGAGGUUCAGGCAAGGAAAAAUGGAGGCAAAAGGUCCUGUCUGCCAUGGGAGGAGAGAGCUCGGUUGGGAAAGAGAAGCUAACCUGGAAAGACAGGAUGCCUGGAUACAUCAUCAAUUUCACUUCCAUCUUAUUCAUGUUCGGAGUGACCUUCUCGGCAGUGUUUGGGGUGAUAGUUUAUAGGAUAAUCACCUCGGCCAUCAUAGCAAUGAGUCCGGACCCGCAGACGAAGGCAAAUGUCCGUGUCACUGUCACGGCCACUGCGGUCAUCAUCAACCUCGUUGUUAUCCUCAUCCUGGACGAGAUUUACGGAGCUGUUGCCACGUGGCUGACUGAAAUCGAGAUUCCCAAGACAGAGAAAGAUUUUGAAGAGCGACUGAUACUGAAGGCCUUUCUUCUGAAGUUUAUGAACUCAUAUGCACCGAUCUUUUAUGUUGCCUUUUUCAAGGGAAGGUUUGUAGGCCGACCUGGAGAUUAUGUUUACAUUUUCAACCACUACCGCAUGGAGGAGUGUGCGCCUGGAGGCUGCCUGAUGGAGCUCUGCAUCCAGCUGAGCAUCAUCAUGCUGGGCAAGCAGCUGAUUCAGAACAACCUGUUUGAGAUUGGCAUCCCGAAGCUCAAGAAACUGUACCGGAAGCUGAGGGACAAAGGCACUGCGCCCGAGGAAACAGAUGACAAUCAGAGACUGUCCAGACAGUGGGACUUGGAUUACAACUUGGAACCAUUUACCGGCCUAACUCCCGAAUACAUGGAAAUGAUUAUCCAGUUCGGAUUUGUCUCCCUCUUCGUCGCCUCGUUCCCCUUGGCUCCUCUCUUCGCCCUCUUGAACAACAUCAUAGAGAUCCGCCUCGAUGCCAAAAAGUUCGUCACGGAGCUCCGGAGGCCUGACGCUGUGCGAGCAAAGGAUAUUGGGAUCUGGUACAACAUUCUCAGUGGCAUGGGCAAGUUCUCUGUCAUUAUAAAUGCCUUCGUCAUCUCCUUCACCUCCGAUUUCAUCCCUCGCUUGGUCUACCAGUACAUGUACAGUGAGACGGGCACCAUGCAUGGCUUCAUUGACCACACCCUGUCAUACUUCAAUGUCAGCCAUUUCAAACCGGGCAACGCGCCUACUCUGUCCCAGUAUGACAAGGAAGUAACAGUUUGCAGGUAUAAGGAUUACAGAGAGCCUCCGUGGUCUCCAAACGCAUAUGACUUCUCCAAACAGUAUUGGUCGGUCCUUGCUGCACGCCUGGCUUUCGUUAUUCUGUUUCAGAACCUGGUGAUGUUCCUGAGCGAGCUGGUGGACUGGAUGAUCCCCGACAUCCCCAAAGACAUCAGCGAGCAGAUCAAGAAAGAGAAGACCCUGCUGGUGGACGUCUUCCUCAAGGAGGAGAAGGAGAAGCUGCAGCUCAUCCAGAGCCUCUUCCUGAAGGACCAGACCGCCCAGCAGAAGGCCGGGGGCGUGCCGCGCCGCCACCGGGCGGCCAGCUUCAGCCAGUUCAGCCGGGAGCAGCGCUGCCAGCACACCGACGUGUGAGGGAGGAGAGAGGCCCGGCGCCCGGCGGCGCGAGCAGGAUUAUCUCGAGGACGGGGGGAAGGAGCUUGAGGAAGGCCCGAAAGCCUUCCACGGCUUGGGCGAUCAUUUGAGAGGGCUGUUUUCUCCAGGGGACAGGUGCCAGCUGGGAGUCAUUAUCAUUUUUUUUAAAAAAACAAAACAAAACACUGCAGGUCAAAUGCACUAUCGCUGAUUUCAACCAAAGUCAUUUCUUCACUUUUUUCGUUUAUUUUUUUUUUAUUUAUUUCCGGUGGGCUGUGGUGGCUCACAGCAAUAAUGCUGCUCUCGGAGGAAAAAAAAAAAAAGCAUAACGUGACCAAAUUUCUGGUGUGUAAACUCACAGAGCGUGCGACUUGGAGGAACGGGGCAAAGUGCCUCACAACGGCUGGUUCUGGAUUCACCUUUGAAAACUGUCUAAAUGCAGCGUGGCAACUGUGACUUCUAGCUAAAAAGGCAAUGAAUGAAAAACAGGCUUUGAUGCUUUUUAAAGUAACGUACUACCAUGCAAAGCAAACGUGUCGUAUUUUAAAAAACGCUGUAGGGGAUCUCAUUAUGGUUAUCACUGUGCAACUUUACUAACAUAACAAGGCCAAAAUGCUUUUCAGGGUCGAGUUCUAUUGUGUGUCUCUUCAGAACGCCUUGCAAAAAAAAAAAGAAUCCUGCAGAUUUAGUGUAUAACCAUUUGACUAGAUGUCUAUUUUCAUUACAAAUAAAACAUUAAGUAAACUGAAAAACAAACAAACUCAGUACGACAUGCCUAAAAAGACAUUGACGUUAUGCUAAGAACACCAUAUUUUGUAAGAGAAAAAAGCUCAAAUCAAUGCAAAAAUAUUAACUUGCUUUUUCAAAAGACAAAUAAAUGGAAUUCUAAGCACAA